UAAUCGAUCUGCUUCCACCACUGGCGGUCACACCAGCUUGUUUACUUUGCGCGCAGCGGAAAACCGGGCCGAAGCCACACGCUCGAAUUUUUUUUAUUAUUUUUUUGUCGCCCCUCUUGCCGCCGCUAUUUGCCGCAAAUUGGUGUAAAUAUAACAAAAAAGCGAUCGAACGAAAGCGCGCGAUUUUUUAGUGUGUGAAAAUGUAUCGAAAAUGAAAGAAGCGAAGAAGGCGCAAAGAGAGCUGCUGAAGAAGUGCGUGCCGAAAAAAAGAGAGCGGUGAAAAGUGCCAAAAAUAAAAUAAAAAACAAAAAAACACAAAGGCUGAAGGAGAAAGGUGAACGAAAGAAGGAGAACGACGAACGAAGAGAGAGAGCGAAAGCAAUAGCAACAAGUGGCCAAAGAUGUGCAAAUGACAAAUUGGUCAAAACUCCUGUUUCCCUCGCUAUCUCGCUUUCUCUCACACACUCCCACUAGCACACUCUCCCUUGCACACGUACACGCACAUCCUCGUCAUUUGCCAUCUCCGUCACACGCGGUGGGAACAGGAACAGUCGACGGUCAAGUUCAAGUGAGAACGGGAACGGAAACGGAAAAUAGGGAAGCGGAAAAGGCAAAGGAAUAGGAAUAGGAAACAUGCGGAGACCCGUUACAACUUUAAAUCGGAAUCAUUACUUUGUCAUCGGCUUUGUCCUGGGCCUCCUCCUUAGCUACUACUUUCCUCAGGGUAUUUGGAAGCUAGUGCAGCAGGAGGAGUGUCCCCAGGAGGCCGAAGAGAAUCUGAUGAUCGAGCGAUUCGGGCAGGAGUUCGAGCCCCAUUUGAACCUCAUCAAUAAGCCGCUGGCGGCCAAAAAGCCGGUUAAAAAUGUCAUACGGCCGCGCUACUACUCCUCGGAACUGGGGAUCCGCGAGAAGCUCUUCAUCGGGGUAAUGACCUCCCAGGAGCACAUCAACACCUUUGCCACGGCCUUCAACCGCACCACCGCCCACCUGGUCAACAAGAUCAAGUUUUUCAUUUAUGCCGAUAGCGUGAAGACCAACUACAAGUUGAAGAACAUUGUGGGCUUUACGGAUACGCGGGAGAGCCGAAGACCUUUCCAUGUGGUCAAGUAUAUAGCAGACAAUUAUCUGGAUGAGUACGAUUACUUCCUGUUAGUUCCGGACACCGUCUAUGUGGAUGCCAGGAAGUUGGUGAAGCUGCUCUACCACAUGAGCAUCACCUUCGAUCUUUAUAUGGGUGGGGCUCGGAUUGGUUUGGAUCCUCCGGGUGGCAGUGCCUCUGUAGAUGGUCAAUCGAAUGAGCCGGCGGGAAAUGAAGAGGAUGCUCCGGGGGCCAGUGAUCGCAACUAUUGCUCCCUGGAGGCGGGCAUCCUGCUCAGCAGUAGUGUCAUCCGCAAGAUGCGGAACAAUCUGGAACGCUGCGUCCGGAUUGGUAGCACCAAUGAUCAUAGUGUCAACAUUGGAAGGUGCGUCAAGUAUGCGAGUCGGGUGGCCGGUUGCCAGGAAAGCUUUCAGGGCAUGCGGCAGUAUAGCUAUGCUCUGGAUGCGCAAGGCCGUCAUCAUCGCGACUUCAGCGAACUGGCCAAGGAGGAGGCCUUUCGCAAUGCCAGCACCGUGUAUCCCGUCCAGUCGCCGGAGGACUUUUAUCGCCUGCACGCCUACUACUCCAAGCACCACCUCGAGAAGGUACAGGAGCGGGGCUAUGCGCUGGAACAGAAGUCUUACCGCAUUGCCAACGGGAGCAUAUCAAAUAAGAUCCUAGAGAUUCGAUGGCCACUGGGCGUGCCGCCACCCAGCGCGCCGGAGACGCGUCACGACAUCCUUACGUGGCAGCUGCUAAAUGGGACGCACAGUUUCCUGCCGAACGGCAAUGCCGAGCAUGCGGUGGCACCGCUUUCACGGAUCGAGGCCAUGGACUUUGCCAAGGUCCUGGAGAUAGCACUGCAGUAUGCCGCCCUCAAGCAUCCACGUCUGAGUUACCAUAGUCUGCAUAGUGCGUACCGAAAGUUUGAUGCCACGCGGGGCAUGGACUACCAGCUGCACCUCAGUUUACAGGAAGGAUCGGGCAGAAGUAGACGGCUUGUGGUCAAGAGCUUUGAGGUUGUGAAGCCAUUGGGUCGUGUGGAAGUUGUUCCAUCGCCAUAUGUGACGGAGAGUACAAGGAUUGCCAUGUUGGUGCCCGCUUUUGAGCAUCAGGUCCCGGAUGCCCUUCAGUUUGUGGAACAAUACGAGCGGAUUUGCAUGCAAAACCAGGACAAUACCUUCCUGCUGCUGAUCUUUAUGUACCGCUUGGACUCGCCCAGCAAGGGUGACGAGGAUCCCUUUAAGGGACUGAAAACGUUGGCCCUGGACCUGUCUUCCAAAUACAAGACGGAUGGCUCACGGAUCGCCUGGGUGUCCAUCCGACUGCCGGAACAGCUAAGCGAACCGGUGGGUGCGCAGGAUUGGCUGCUACAUGCCUCUAUGUACGGACCGAGGCAGCUGCUCAGCUUGGUAGUGGCGGAUUUGGCGUUGCCCAAGCUGGGCUUAGAAUCCCUGGUGCUUUUGGCUACCCCGGGAAUGGUGUUUAAGGCUGACUUCCUUAACCGCGUGCGCAUGAACACGAUACAGGGCUUUCAGGUUUAUGCGCCGAUUGGCUUUCAGAUGUAUCCAUGUCGCUGGGCGCAGUUCUGCCGGGAGUGCGACACCUGCGAUGUCAGUCAGAGUAGUGGCUACUUCGACCGUCACAACCACGAUGUGAUCGCGUUUUACAGUCGGGAUUAUGUGCAAGCUCGCAAGCUGUUACAUCCCCAAGGACUGCCGAUCAUCCGCAGUGAUCUGGACAUCGACCAGUUGCUGCUGCAGACCGGCGAAGAGACGCGACCACCGGGAGUGGAAAGCAUCCUGGAUAUGUUUGUGGCGGCGCAGCACUCGGUGCACAUUCUGCGCGGCGUGGAGCCGAAUUUACGUUUCGGUCAGGAUGUACGGAAUCAUCUGGCACGCGGAGGUACCCUGCCAGAGAGUCAACCCGAGCACUGUGGCCGAGAGCAGUGCAUCCAUUUGGCGUCACGGAAACAGAUCGGCGAUGCCAUCAUACGCUUCGAGGACAAAAGUAUUCUGCAUAAAUAGCAGGGAACCUGAAGGCUCCACUUUUCCAGCUCCUGCGCUCCUGCCUGUAAUAUCAUCAGUUCCUUUUAAAGACAUAGUUCCAUGUUGAUCGCACUGAGAUCUUAUAUAGGAAUAUAUGACAAACUCUUAUACUCGCAUCCAAGGCUUAAAUUCAAACCCAAUUAGAACGAAAUUUGUAAGAUGUUGGGACUUUGCUGGUGCCCCAAAGUAUAAGACCUGUAUAGCGGACCUAUCUCAAUCCCAAAACUUAGUGUUUAGGCCUAGGCAAUUAUUCCCGUUGUUGCUUGCUUUAAAGUGAAACUUUUUAAUGCUCAAAAAAAAGAAAAACAAGUGAAAAAAAAUGGUAGAUAGCAAUUAGUUUCUAGUUAACUAAACUAGUUAUUAGCUACCAAAAAAAAAAAAAAAAAAAAUCAACAAAUGUAGGACAAAUGUAGGACAGUUGUUCGAGCCAUUCAACCAGACAUUCGAUUUUCGCAUGUAAAUACUUAGCAUACGCCCCCACAUAUAUCUCUAAUUGACGACGAUACGUAGGUUAUUAAGCCAGGCACCAUUGCACCAUUGACUCCUAUUUAAAUGACUAGUUAAGCUAAGUGUUAUACUACUACGAACUAAGUUAAAACAAACGAUGUGGCUGUAUGAUGAAAACACUACAAGAUGCCGCCUUGCCUCAAAGUGUUGCAAUCCCUAUAUGUGAAUGGGCUCUCUCAAAAAACGGUGUGCCAAAAAAAAAAAGAAGGAAUAAUUAUACAAAAUAACUGGUCUAAAUUAGGGAGUGCUUGCUUGUACUUUGUUCCUCUUUUAAAAACUAAAAUUAAAUUGUAAACUAAACUAAAUAUCGGCUAAGGGGAAAUCUAAAUAAUUGCUCUCAAAAACAAAAACAAAACUAUUGAUAAGAUAAUGCCAGGGUUUUCCCUUGUUUUCAAUAUGAUAACCACAUCAUCCCAUUGUAAAUAAAAGUAGAAUUAUUGUUAAGUGCUUGCCAAAUUCCUUUAGCCGAUAUCUACUGUAAGCCUGUCCUUUGUCUGUUAUAUUUUUUGGCCACAUUUUGCCAGCACGCAUCAGUUUUAGCAUCGAAUAAGAAGUCUGCCAGUCAAACUCUUAUCAUUAUGAUUACGAAAGGCAAAUCCGAUUAAUUUAUUACAAAAUUUAUUAGUUAUAUGUAUGUACGUACACUCGCCAGGAGUAAUCCUCCAUCCUCCUCCUCCUCCUCCUCCUCCUUCUGCCCCUUGUCCCACAAACAAAAGCCUACUUUUUUUAUACAUUUAGUCAUAGUGUAAAAUUACCAAUAUCUGUACUGUUUACGUGUAGGAAUUGUUGUUAUUGCAGAAUAAUACAAAUUGUGUAUGUAUGUGCAUAUGUACAAUAAAUUUAAAUGUUUAAA